UAUUGCUUAAAGUUUAUUAUUUUUUGUUGUUGUUUCAUUGGAAUUGUUUGAAAAUGCCUUCGAUACUUAGUAAAUUGUUACCUUUUCCUGAUAUGGUUUUACAGUUUAAUUGUUACGAGGUUGGACAUACUUGGACACCAUUUUGUUCCCGUGCAGCUCUUGACAUUGGUGGUUCGGUUUUUUUUGAAGGACUUAAAAUGUACACUGGUGUUUACCUGUUUGGUCAAUUGUUGGCUCGUCGUUAUGAUUAUAAAUCGUUCCGGGAAACAGUUAAAUCAAUUUUACGUUCAUCAACAUUCCUUGGUUUUAAUGCUUUCGCAGUUCUCUGUCUAUUUUGCUUCAGCUACAGAUCCUUGGGUAAACUUUAUCUCUCACUAAUUGGUCAUGUUCCCUCAAUUAUUGGUAGUUACAUGGCGAUACACCUUGAGAAACCAUCUCGAAGAGGACCAUUGGCCUUUUAUGUCGCUAAUAUUGCUGCUGAAACUUUAUUCUCAAUCGCAGUCAAUCGUAUUAUCAAACCAAUCAAAAAUGGUGAAGUUGUUUUAUUUGCAUUAAGCACUGGAAUUCUGGUUUAUUUUAUCAAGAAAAAUGGUAUUGGACAUGACAUGAUCUCAACAAUUCUUAAAUCAAUCAUUGGUAAAGAUGAAUUGGCUCGAAACAAACCGUUAACAAUUGAACGUAAAAGUGAUGAAAAAUGUGAGGAAAAAUUUGAUUCUACAAAAUCAACUCUUUCAUCAUCUCGAAUAAAUUCUGGUUGCAAUGAUAAACUUUCCAAAUCAAAUUCAAUUCGUUCUCUACUUGUUAAAACUGUCAAUGGAUUAUCUUCAUUUCUCUUUAAAAAUCAUCCAUCUUGUCCUCAUUCAUCUUCUUGUCUUCGCUAUUCAAUUACCACUUUUCUCCAACGAUUUCUCAUCGGUUGGACUGGAAUCUCAAUCAUACCGACAAUCUUACGAUCACCAUCAUCAUUAACCUCAAUGUCAAGUUUAACCAAAGGUCUUAAAGAUCGGAAAAAUAUCAACUUUGGCCUUUUCUUGGGUCUCUUUUCAUCAACCUUCAAAGCUUGUAGUUGUCUUUUACGAUGGUGGGACAAUUCAUCUAAACACUGGCACGGAACUGUGGCCGGUAUGAUUGCUGGAUCGUCGAUGGCCUUAUAUCCAAGUAAAACAAUUGCUCAAUACAUUUUCUGGAAAAUGAUGGAAACACUUUUCUGGGAAAAUGUUUCCACCGGUAAAAUUAAACACUCGGAAACAAUUAUAUGUUUAACUUACGCUCUUGCCUGUUCUCAAUUGUUUUAUGUCGCUGUUAUUUGUCCAUCUCAUUUACGUCCCAGUUACAUGAAAUUUUUAGAUCGAUUUACUCAUCAAUGUUUACGUCUUCUCAAUCGUAAUGUUAUCGACCUAUUUGGAACCAAUUCUUCCGCUGGGUUUAAAACUUUUCUCCCUGAUUUUGAUCUCAAAUAUACAAGUAGACAAUUCCAAGAAUCAGUUCUUGUCUGGACGAUACAAUAAUUCACCACUCAAUUAGUAAAGGAAAAGUUUAACGAUUAACUUGAACAAUUAGGAUAAAAUUGCAAACUGUGAUAUCUUAAUCAAGUUUUUUCUCUCUCUCUCUCCUUCCUUAACAAUCAAAUUUAUUUAGUUCAAAUUUAUUGCUAUGGUUAACUACUAUUGACAAACAAAAUUUACUUUACUCUUGAUGUAUUUUGUUUACUUCAAUUCAUUUACUUAAAUCAUUCAAGUUGCUGAUGAUUGUACAAUUUGGCUAAUUGAAUAUAAAACUGGAUCUUGAAACUGGUUCAAUGAUUAACUACUUCAGAAAAAUUUAAUUACUUGACAUGGAAAGAGAGAGAAAGAGAGAGUUUGGAACUGGAAUCAAUUGUGAUCUACCAUCAUUCAUAUGAAUCAUUACGAUAAUCACCUUAAUGAGGAAAUUUGGACAUCAUUUUGUUCAUCAUCACAAUAUAAAUUGUCUGAUUAAUCAUCAAUUUAACUUCCUGUACAAUUAGUUUCCAAUUUUCCUCAUCAUGAAAAAAUCAAUCACAAUCAACGACGAUCAAAACAAUUAUUACAAUUUACGAUAUGAAGAUUUCCUUCAUCUCAUAGAGAUUGAAACAAUUUUCACGUCAAUUAAGUUAAAUCUUAAAUCAAUUAUAAAAAUUAAUUAAUUUUGUCAUUUUUUCGAUGAAAAACAAAACAACAACAACAAACUCGAAAUUAAUAUUAAUACAACAAUCUAUUUCUCCUGAAAUUUUCCAUUGCUAUAUUUUUGAU